UUUGCCUUUGCCAUGGAUGCAGCUGUUGUCUAUGCAGACAUAAAAUUGCUGGAAGGUUCUUCAUCCAGAAGAAAUUUGGAUGCAGUGCAGCAAUCAGAUCACCAACCAUGCCCACGCUGGCACUGGAUUGCACUGUGGGUUGGAUGGGCUGGAAACAUCGUCUUGGUGGUGGCAGUGAUCGUGAUGGGAGUUUGGGUUGUGAAAAAAAAUCCACAUAAUUUUGAUUCACAUCGAUACAACCUCACUGGAUCUGAAGGGGGGAAAGCUCAAGAGGAUUUCAGGUCUGUGCUCCGGGAACAAAUGUGUGAGGCUGGAUUAACAGAGAAUAGAAGGUGCAACCUGUGCCCUGUGACGUGGCUGCUGCAUCAGGAUACAUGUUACUGGUUUUCUGAAUUAAUUCAACCCUGGAAGAAGAGCAAGGAUGACUGUAUGGAGAAGAAAUCUCGACUAGCAGUAAUCUAUAGUCAGGAACAGAUGGAAUUCCUCCAGCAAAAGAUACAGAAAGAGACAUGGAUUGGGUUUCUUGCUGAUGUACGAGUGAAGAAGUGGGUCUGGAUAAAUGGUUCCCUGUUAAAUCAAACCCUACUUCCAAGAAUGCAUCAACAACACAGCAGCAGCUGUGGUGCCUUAACAAAAUCAGGACUCUCAUCUGAUAUGUGUUCCACAGAUCUUCACUGGAUCUGUCAGAAAGCAUCUACAAUCAUUUGAGCACCUUUGUGUAUGUCCACAGGAUCUAAAACUAUACAAAAAUGUUGUUCAGUUUUGGUAUGACAGUGGCCACCAACAGCAAAUGAAGGGUGCUUUCACUUCCUUUCCAUCUGUG